AUGGCUGCUACACCCUUUGACUCCGAGCGGGCAUACGCUCCUCAGGAAGACGUGUUCUUCGACGAUGGUCGCGAGAUAGAGCUCCUCCACUUCGUCUACUCACGGCCAAACCUCAGUGAGAUCCGCGGCUCACCGCAGCGAGUGCUCGCAGCCAUUGAUGAGUACGGCCGCACAAAGAAAUAUCUCAUGAAUGUGGGCGAGGACAAGGGCAAGAUUGUGACCAACUUGAUUGCCGAAGUCAAGCCCAAAGUCAUGGUUGAGUUGGGCGGCUAUGUAGGAUAUUCAGCCAUUCUCUUCGCCGAUGCUGUGCGAAAGGCUGGAGGCCAGCACUACUACUGCCUGGAGCGCAAUCCCGAGUUUGCGGCCGUGGUCAGCUCCCUCGUCGACCUGGCCGGCCUGGGCGAUAUCGUCAAGGUCUUUGUCGGCGCCAGCGGAGACUCUCUCCGGAGGUUGAACGCCGAGGGCAAGCUGCCGCAGAUUGACCUGCUCUUCUUGGACCACUACAAGCCGGCCUACGUCGUGGACCUCAAGCUCUGCGAGCAGCUCAAGAUGGUCGGCCCCGGCUCUGUCCUGGCGGCCGACAACGUCAUCAAGCCGGGCAACCCGCCCUACCUCAAGUACGUCCGGAGCUCGGUGGAGGAGAAGCGCCAGGCUGGGGACGAGGCCAUCGACACAGGGAGCUUCUUCCCGGAGACGACGGCGAAGCAGUACUUGAAGAGGGAAGGUGAGGAGCAGCUUGAUCUGAAGAUUGUGGGCGACCCGAAUCUUGUGUACAAGAGUGAGAUUGUGCAUAGCUAUGAGCCUACUGGGGUUCCGGAUGGUGUUGAGAUUUCACGCUGCGUCGGGCGAGAGACUUAA